AUGAAAGAUUCGAAUUUUGAAAGCUCUCAAGUUUAUACGCAAUGGACAAAAUCAGAAAGUGGAAUGCGAAAGCCUAAAUGUGCCAGAUGUAGAAAUCAUGGAGUCAUAUCGUGGUUAAAAGGACAUAAAAGAGAAUGCAGGUAUAAGGAUUGUACCUGUCAGAGAUGUAUUUUGAUUGCUGAAAGACAAAAACAAUAUGGAUACCUUCCUCAAGGUCCAAUAUUUGGUUUUGAAAUAACCGAUCCGGAAAAAGGUGGUGACGCUGUGGAAAAUGACAAAAAUGAAUCCUCGGAGGAGGAGGAGAGAAAAAAAACGACAAAUGAUGUGAAUUCAACCGAAGGAAAUGAUUCGGUUAUAGAAAAAUUUAAUUUAGGUUGUAAUAAAAAAUUAAAGGAUAAUAUGGAAACCAAUGAGAUUGAUACAAAUGGCAUAAACGAAAGUAAAACAUUAAAUAAAAAAAGAAGUUUCGAGAACAUUUACGAUGUUGUCGUGGAUUCCGACGGAAAUCAAAACGAUGAAUGCAACAAAUUAGAUUUUACGAGAGGAGGAGGAGGAGGAGGAGAAAAACGGAGUAAAUGUUUACCGAUAAAAAAAACGGAAAUAUUGGAAAAUUCUUUGGGAAUGUUAACGAAAUUAUUUCCGAAUAAAAAGAAAAGCGUUUUAGAAUUAGUUUUGAAAAGAUGCGGAGACGAUUUGAUCAAAGCCAUUGAAGAAAUCGUACCGAAAACGGUAAAUCAAAAACGUGUAAAUGAAGUCGAAGAAUUAAAAAUAUUAAAAGUGGGCAAAGAACGAGAAGACAAACGAUUAAUUAAAAACGAAACCGUUAUAAAAAAAAAAAACGAUCAUGACAAAUCAUCCAUUAAAGUGACGUCAUUCGUUCACGAAACUCAAAAUUCAGCAUUUAAACCCGUAAUCACAUCGAAAAUUACAAAUUAUUUAAAUAAUCUAAAAGAAGGUACAUUACCUGAGGAAAAAUUUAAGAAGUACGAUUAUUCCAUCGAACAAACACAAUCACAAUCACAACAACAACAACCACAAACUGAUAACAUUAAUAAAAAUUUUUUUUACGCGGAUCGUGUACCUAAGAAUGGCAAUCAAAUAAUCGGGUGCGCAAAUUUAAACCUUCCACGACCAUUCGUGUCUUGCGGAGAUUCGACAUCAAAUUUAUUAAAAACAAAUUUUCCUUUUGCCACGACGGCGGCAAACGGUGUAGGAUUCGGUGUAGGAAAUUCAAUUUCUACUGCUUUGCUCGCACUCGGAGGUGGUCCCGGUUUUAAUUUCGGUUGUGCUUUUAAUAAUUUUCAAAAUUUUACAAAUUUUAAUAACGGUACAAUCGCCAUACAGACAAGAAUUAAAUUAUUUAUUAAACAAUUCUAA